AUGGCAGGUCUGAAAGUCAAAGAAUGCAGAACGAAAUUCCGCGUACGUGUGUCUAUGCAUGUUGGAGUGCGGACCAGGAAGAAGCUUUGCGAUGCAGACUCCUGCACAAAAUGCAUUCAGGACGAGGCAAACCAGGAGAAACGUCCGAGAAGGAAGCUGCUUUGUGAACUUCAACAAGAUCGCGAUAACGAGUGGACGUCAAGAGCGAAAGACUUUGGAAAGGAACCGCCAUAUGCGGUUAACGAGGAACCACCCACCGAACCGGAAGUUCAGGUCUGUAUCCAAAAGAUGAUGAAUGGAAAAUCUGGUGGAGAUGACGGAAUUAGCACAGAAAUGCUGAAAUAUCCUCCUCCGUCUGGGAUUCGUGAGAUGGCAAAGAUGAUCCGUUCAAUAUGGGUGAACAAGAAGAUCCUAGGAACUAUCGAGGAAUGUUUCUGCAAGGCUUCAGAACGGUUUAUGCUGGACCGACUUAUUACACAUCGCGAAGAAACAAAUCGCGACGAGAAACCAUGCGAGCAAGCAGGGUUUCGAAAAGGAUUCAGCACGAUUGACCACAUUCACACUGUUUCAAAACUCAUCGAGGUAUCACGAGAGUACAAGAUGCCGCUCUGUCUCACCUUCAUCGACUUAAAGAAGGCCUUGGACUCAGUUGAGACGGAAGCGGUCGUGGAAGCUUUGGACAACCAAGGCGUCCCUACUCAGUACAUAAAGGUACUUCGAGAGUUUUGCAGUAACUUUACGACCGGAAUUUCGCCAUUCCACAACAAGAUCGUCAUUGACAUGAAGAGGGGACUCCGACAGGGUGAUACAAUUUCACCCAAAAUAUUCACAGUUACCCUCGAGAACACAAUGCGAAAGUUGGAAUGGGACGACAUGGGAGUGAAGGUUGACGGUCAGCAGCUACACCAUUUGCGCUUUGCUGAUGACAUCGUACUGAUAACACCUAGCAUCAGCCAAGCGGAACGAAUGCUGACCGAAUUCGACGAAACAUGUGGAUGCAUCGGUCUUCAGCUGAAUCUACAAAAGACGAUGUUCAUGCGUAACGGAUGGGUCUCAAAUGCCCCAUUCACGCUCAACGGAACGAACAUAUCCGGAUACUCCAGCUAUGUAUAUCUAGGUCGGGAAAUGAUGAACGACCUGAUCCCCGAGCUGGGCAGGAGGAGACGAGCGGCUUGGGGAGCGUACAAGAGCAUCGAGGAUGUGGUGAAGAAGACCAGGAACACCCGGCUUCGUGCUUACCUCUUCAACACCACCGUACCUGCUUUGACCUAUGCUUCGGAAACCUGGGCAUUUCGCAAGCAGGAAGAAAACGCGAGUGUUCAGCUCAACAAACGCUUUCGAAGAAACUUUGUGCACCGCAAAUUCCGACUCCUCAUGAUAAUUUAUUCACCUCGUGUAUCCAAGAUUUUUGGUAUUGACAAUGGGACAGCUCACUGUUUCUUCAAAGAGGAAAAAAUGUUUGAUGCUAUUCCUAGUAUGGGUGCUACUGGUUGUCGCUUUCUUCAUCCAGUCAAGGCUCGACGGAAAUUAGCGCUUAAACGGACCGCAGCAUCCACAUGUCCGAAUACUGUGGUGUCAAUGCAGGAUACAACAGUUGUUGGAAGCCGAAGUGCACAUAAAUCAUUUCAUUCCAGUACCCGAUUGGACAAUUCACUACUUGUUACAACCAAGAAGUUUAUUGCACUGAAAAGUGCCAGUGAUACGGUGAAUCUCAAUGAUGCUGCAGAAAAGCUUAACGUACCAAAACGACGCCUAUAUGACAUCACCAAUGUGCUCGAGGGCAUCGAUCUUGUUGAAAAAAUAGGCAAGAAUAGUAUACGUUGGAAGUGA